AUGACAACACCAACCAAUCAGACAUCAGCCGAUACAACACCAACCAAUACAACACCAACCAAUCAGACACCAACCGAUACAACACCAACCGAUACAACACCAACCAAUACAACACCAACCAAUACAACACCAACCGAUACAACACCAACCGAUACAACACCAACCGAUACAACAACAACCGAUACAACAACAACCGAUACAACACCAACCAAUACAACAACCAAUACAACACCAACCAAUACAACACCAACCGAUACAACAACAACCGAUACAACACCAACCAAUACAACACCAACCAAUACAACACCAACCAAUACAACACUAACCAAUACAACACCAACCAAUACAACACCAACUAAUCAAACAUCAACCAAUACAACACCAACCAAUACAACACUAACCAAUACAACACCAACCAAUACAACACUAACCAAUACAAUACCAACCAAUACAACACCAACUAAUCAAACAUCAACCAAUACAACACCAACCAAUACAACACCAACCAAUCAGACACCAACCAAUACAACAACAACCGAUACAACGCCAACCAAUACAACACCAACCAAUACAACACCAACCAAUACAACACCAACCAAUCAGACAUCAACCGAUACAACAUCAACCAAUACAACACCAACCAAUACAACAUCAACCAAUACAACACCAACCAAUACAACACCAACCAAUACAACACCAACCAAUCAGACAUCAACCGAUACAACACCAACCAAUACAACACCAACCAAUACAACACCAACCAAUCAGACACCAACCAAUACAACACCAACCAAUACAACACCAACCAAUACAACACCAACCAAUCAAGACAUCAACCAAUACAACACCAACCAAUACAACAUCAACCAAUACAACACCAACCAAUACAACACCAACCAAAACAACAACAAUCAAUACUGCUGUAUGUUUGCUUGCUUCUGUGAUGUUAUAUUUUUGAGAGUUUGUUAG